CGCGCGCGCGCUUCUUCCGCGUCGACAUGCCGCGCGUCGUCGAGGGUUUCCACCCGUCGAAGUCCCAUCCGGGCGCGCGCCUCUACCACCAGUCGUGGCACCCCGACUUCGACGACGCCGCGACGCCUCCUCGCGCGGCGGUGGUCUGGGCGCACGGCGUGCACGAGCACUCGGGGCGGUUCGUCAAACUCUACGAGCACCUCGCGGCGUCCGGGAUCGCGUCGCACGCGUGGGACCACGUGGGCCACGGCGCCAGCGACGCGUGCCCACCCGGCGUGCCCCACCAGUUCCCCAACGGGCUAAACGCCGUCGUCGACGACGCCGCGCGGUACUUCGGGCGAGUCCGUCGGAUGUACCCGCCCGACGUGCCCGUCAUGCUCGCGGGGGUAUCCAUGGGCGGCCUCGUCGCGACCCUCGCCGUCCUCGACGCGGGAAUUUCACCCGACGCGCUCAUACUCGUCGCGCCCCUCGUCGACGUCGACAUGUCCGCAGCCAUGAAGGCGCAAGCCGCGGUGGGCGGUCUGCUCGCCAGGGCCGUGCCCAACGCCCGGAUCACCCCGGGGGUGGAACCGCGGAGGCUGUCCAAGGACGCGGACGCCGUGCGCGAGUACGUAGAGGACCCGCGCGUGUUCGUGGGCAACCUCCGAGUCGGCUUGGGCUACGAGCUGCUCAAGGGAUUUGCGCGAAUGCGAAGGCGAUGGAGCGAGGUGCGCACGCCGCUGCUCGUGUUGCACGGCACGGACGACGAGGCGACGGACCCGCGCGCGUCCCGCCGGUUCUUCGACGCGGCGACGAGCGCGGAUAAGAAGUUCGUCUCCCUCAAAGGCGCGUGCCACCUCAUCUGCCACGAAGCCGGAGCGUCGAGGCGGGUGAUGGACGAGGUGCUCGCGUUCGUGUCGUCGCGGGCGGGGAACGGGGGCUCGACGGGGCGAGAGUGGGCCGCGGAGGCGGGUUCGCGCGCGAGCGCGGCGGCGGGAGGGUCCGCGGGGAGAGGGGGAGGAACGUCGGGUCGCGCCGCGGGAGUUUCGAACGUUCGGACGAGGACGGCGGGGGUCCGGUCCGGGGAGCACGCAUUCGCCGCGAGGGCGGCUCGACUGUGAUGAGUGAGCUGGUGAAGACGAAGCGGUGUCUUGCCGGUUGGGUUUUUUUAUUCCAACGAUUCGAGGUUUC